AUGCCUCUCUGGGGAACCAAAUCCGUGCAGAGCCAGACGGAGAGUGAGACCUCAUCGCCGACACAACCAGCCGAAUUCGGCCAGAAUGACCCAGCUGCGUCGGCGUCUCAGGCGGCCGGCACGGCCUGGCUCGCGGGCCACCUGAAUCAUCUCACGGAGGACCAGGAGGAGAAGCUGAGGGAGUUUAAGGCGCUGUGUGAGCGGAAUGGAUACUACAAGCCUGCUGCGCAGGGGGAGGGGCCGGAUACGAAGCCGAGUCAUGAUGAUGCGACGAUGCUUCGGUUUCUGCGCGCGCGCAAGUUCGAUGUGAAUGGGGCUUGGGGCCAGUUUAAGGAUACGGAGGACUGGCGUCGGGAUAAUGCCAUCGAGGCGCUGUAUGAGAAUAUCGAGGUGGAGUCCUACGAUGCUGCGAGACGGAUGUAUCCCCAGUGGACUGGUCGUCGAGAUCGACGCGGAAUCCCCGUCUACGUCUUCGAGAUCAAGCAUCUGAACAGCAAAAACAUGGCCGCGUACAAUUCCACGAUGGCCGACCCUGCCUCGACGGCCGAGACACACCAGUCCUCCACGGUGCCGCAGCGCCUCCUCCGACUGUUCGCGCUUUAUGAGAACCUCCUCCGCUUCGUCAUGCCGCUGUGCUCGCAGUUACCCCGGCCGAACCCCGAGACGCCCAUCGUCACGUCAACAAAUAUCGUCGAUGUCAGCGGAGUCGGUCUGAAGCAGUUCUGGAACCUCAAGGGACACAUGCAGGAUGCGAGUGUUUUGGCUACGGCCCAUUACCCAGAGACUCUGGACCGGAUUUUCAUUAUCGGCGCCCCCGCCUUCUUCCCUACCGUCUGGGGCUGGAUCAAGCGCUGGUUCGACCCGGUCACCACCUCCAAGAUCUUCAUCCUCUCCGCCGCAGAAGUCCAACCCACCCUGACCUCCUUCAUUGACCCCUCCAGCAUCCCCAAGCAAUACGGCGGCGACCUUGACUGGCAAUGGGGCGACAUGCCGAACCUCGACGAGCCCGCGCGCGAGCUAGUCGGCGGACUCGAGCUCCCGCCUGCCGACGGCGCCUCCAAGCCCUCCUUCACCAAGGGUCCCGUGUUAUUCAAGGGCGACCACGUGCAGGUCCUCGGCAAAGUCGAUGGCAAGAGCAGAGAGCAGGCCGUCCCUGUCCCGUUCAAGAAGCAAGAGAACAUCACGCAGCCGCCGCCGGCUGGGUCCGUCGCAGGCAAAUCCGCCGAGCCCGCGACGCCAACACCGCCAGCAGCGCAGUCCGACGUCCCCUCCGAGAAUGAAAAAGUUGAUGUGGAGCUGGAGCACGUCACCGUCGCGAACGGGGGGACUCAGACAGUCUCUGCGUAG